GCUCAGGAUCUUAGAAGAGUCUUCAUGCUAGAUCUAAAAUUUUUCUCGAUUGGAUCUGAGUAAGCUCUUUCGAGAAAAAACAAAGAUGAAGUAAGUGUGCUUUGCAAUGGAGAGAAGAAAGAGAAACACAGAUACACUGGACCGAUUAUUUAUUCACAUAUAUUCCCGAUUCUUACAGGUACUACAGGAACUACAGUUUGUAGUUGCUUGGUUGUCUUUGAAAGAUAGAACCAUAAUCGACUUUUCUCGACUGAAGGUUUUGAUCAUCGGAUCAAUCAAACGCUUCAACACGUAUAUUGGAAUCACUUCUGGGUCAUACUUAAUAUCAAGAAGUAGUACUUACUAGGGUAGAGAAGUUGUUGAGACGUGUUGUACUAGUAGCCUAUAAGUAGAGACUGUAGUUGUAGUUGCGACCUCCAACUCCGAGGAGUUCUUAGAUAGAAAUGACGGAAUCAUCGAGCAUCGCGAGUUACUUGUUGCGGGGAUGGUGCAUGUUGAACGAGACUUGUCCUGAGAGUCCUUCGUGCCCGCUCGUACGGUCCCGAGACGGACAGACAGUUUGCGUUUCUUGUCGUCCCGUCUGCCGGCUGUACCCAGACCCAGCAGCAGACACCGUCUUUGUAAAAAAAAACGAAGGACAAGAGCAAAUGAAGAGUAGACCACAACCGUCCUCAGCAAACAGAGGAAAUGCAGAAGGACAGCUGAAGAUGAAGGAGACAUCCACGACUCCGUCAGAGCGAUCAACGCCAGAGGAGCGACCCGUCUUAGUGGAUGUGGUGACUCGAUCUGUUGAGUCGGAGGUGCAACGAGCACAGGCGAUGGGCUCCGCUGUUGUGCGUACUUUAACUGCAGAGGAGAGUGCAGCAUUGUACGGCAUGAAUGCUGAUGACGAGAUGGACGUCGACAAAGACAAAGUGGCAGAAAUGCAAGCAGAGGAGGACGCAAUAUUGUUUGAGGAAAAGCGACUACACGGCUUACAAUCUGCUGCAGCUGGUUGCAAGACGAGGAUGAGCAUCGACACGGAGGCGGAAACCUCAAUUCAAGGGGUAGAUAGAUUCGGAGGACAACAUCGCGUUGGGGACGUAAAUUCCCCGUUACGUCGACGCAACGAUCUGAGUACGUUCUCGCGGACAGAAACAGACGUGCUGCUCGAGAAGCGACGGGAGCUAAUGAAAAUGUACAGCAACCUACCGGCAAACGACCUCAACAUGGCAACUAAGAUCCUCAACAUGGUUCAGCAGAUAUGCUUGCUUCUAGCGACUUACGGUCCGACAGAGAAGUAGUUCGGGUGGAGAGUCCACACAUAACUCUGUCUUUCCGAUAUGACGGUAGUCUCAAACCGAAACCGAAAGUCAAACUACCCAACAAGAAUCAAACAUGAUUACCCCUCCUACUAGGCUUGAAUUUCUGCCAUGAUUCAACUUCCUUCCCUCCACUUGGCGCUGUACUUACAACCAGUUGCAAUCCAGGGUUUUUCAGAGACUGCACACUUUCGACCUCUGGGCUGGCACUUGCCUGUACUGAGUAGUUCCUGAUAAGAAGACAAAAAACUGCCUACGGCUGCACGUUAUCAUGAAGCGG